ACAGAAUAAUAAAUCUGUACUACGUACAGAAAGUUUACCUCGCGAAGUAUUUAAAAAAUUGUCUACUCAAUGUCCUCAACAUGGUGUAAUUUAGCUUGUCACACAGUUGAGCACCGUUUUGUUUACAUACAUCAGUGAUCGGUACUGGGUCGAUAGGGCUCACUGCUACAAGAAGCUACUGUGUCGCCAUGUAGCGCAUCACGCGUAUUUUUUUCAUUCCAUAGAUAUUUUUUUACAGUGGUAUGUACUCUGUGGUGAAGAAUACGCGUGCGCACAGUGGGCCACAGUUCCAGCUACUUAUUUUUGUUCCGUUUUUCUCUCGCUCUCAUCAAAUGGUGAUUCUUUGUAAAAGAACGAGACCACAUGAUCGGAAAUGGGUAGCUGGAGCUGUGGCUGAUAGAACAUCACUCACUACUCCCUGUGGAUUAAACCCGCCGGCGGGUACGCCGCGCGUGUUUUGUUUCCGACUCCCACUCGGGGAGACGAACAGGCGUGGUGUAACUGACCUUCCCCGCAGGGCGGCGGGCGCGGCGGAGGCGGAGGGCGCGAGCGCGCUGGACGCGGCGGGCUUCGCGUUCGUGCGGCGCGUGGUGGCGGCGCUGGAGGCGCGCGGGCUGGAGGAGCAGGGCCUGUACCGCGUGGCCGGGGUCGCGUCGCGCGUGGCGCGCCUGGUGGCGUCGGCGCGCGAGCCGCGCCCGCCCGCGCUCACCGACGCCGCCGACUGGGAGACGCGCACGCUCACGUCGGCGCUCAAGAGCUACCUGCGCGCGCUGCCCGACCCGCUGCUCACGCGCCAGCUGCACCGCCAGUUCAUCGCCGUGGCCAAGAGCGAGCGGCGCGCGGAGCGGGUGGCGGGGCUGCGGGCGCUGGUGCACGCGCUGCCGCCCACCAACCGCGACAUGCUGCGCCUCGUGCUCGAGCACCUGCGCAAUGUGGCGGCAAAAAGCGACAAAAACCUGAUGACGCACUCCAACCUGGCCGUGUGCUUCGGGCCCACGCUGCUGCGCGCCGAGCGCGAGACCGUCGCCUCCAUCCUCGAGCUCAAGUUCUACAACGUCAUCGUCGAGACGCUGCUGGAGCACUACCACGAGGUGAGCGCGGGUCCCGUGUGUGUACGAAGCGACGAGGACCUGAUGACGCACUCCAACCUGGCCGUGUGCUUCGGGCCCACGCUGCUGCGCGCCGAGCGCGAGACCGUCGCCUCCAUCCUCGAGCUCAAGUUCUACAACGUCAUCGUCGAGACGCUGCUGGAGCACUACCACGAGAUAUUCGAGUCGCCGCCGCCCGCGCCGCCCGCCGCGCCGGCGCUCGCGCAGCCGCCGCCGCCGCCCGUCUACAACGGCAUCAUACGAACCUCACCGACAUCGAUACCCGUGUCUGCCAGAAAUGAUAUCGGCCUGAGCGUAGGCGUGCUGGCGGGCGCGGGCGCGGGCGUGCCGGCGGGCGCGGGCGCGUGCGAGCGCGGCGGCGCGCGCUACUCGCCGCACCACCACCAGCUGCUGCACCACUUCGCGCCCACGCCUGGCGUCGGCAGAUCGAGCAGCAGUUCCGCCGAGUCGGUGUCGAGCCACAGCGCCUCCCCGCCGCCCGCGCUCCUGGCGCGACCGCAGCAACAUUUCGGACGAUACACGCGCGUGCGCACGCUGUACGCGUGCCUGGGCGAGAGCGACGGCGAGCUGUCGUUCGAGCCCAACCAGAUCGUGACCAACGUGGCGCCGUCGGGCGAGCCGGGCUGGCUGCGCGGCACGCUCAACGGCAAGACGGGGCUCGUGCCCGAGAACUACGUCGAGCCGCUGCCCUAGCCGCGUCCCCAUCCUCCCCCCGGCCCUUCCUUGUUGUUGUUUAUUACCACUUACUAUUUGUAUAUUUUGUACAUUGUAAAUAAGAGUCUGUUGAUAUUUCUAUUUAUAUUAUACUUAUGUUGUGAAUUUUGUACCAAAUAUACUAUAAUGUAUUAUUAUCCGCUCGUGGAUUAGUGAUUAAAAAAAUAUAUUAGAA